GCGGAACGGCGCUGCAGCGCCUCCUGAUGGUCAAAUUAAUGAACUGCUUGUGUCUGUGUUGAACAUGGCGACUGGAGUCCUUCAGAAACUGAGCGGGGGUCUGAACCGGGCCAGAACCGGAGCCAGUCCGAUUGGACAGCUGUUGUUGUGCAGCAGGGGAUUAGCAACGUCGACUAGCAGAAACAGAGAAGACAGCUGGUUCAAAUCCCUGUUUGUGAGGAAAGUAGAUCCCAGGAAAGACGCGCAUUCGAACCUUCUGACCAAAAAUGAGGAAAGCAACCUCUAUAAGAUUCAGUUUCAUAACGUGAAGCCAGAGUGCCUGGAUUCAUACAACAAACUCUGUGAGGAAGUACUUCCCUCCAUCCAUGCUGAUAAGUACUACCCCUGUGAGCUGGUGGGCACCUGGAAUACCUGGUAUGGAGAACAAGACCAGGCUGUUCAUCUGUGGCGUUACAGAGGAGGUUACCCUGCUCUGACCGAGGUGAUGAACAAGCUCAGACAGAACAAGGAGUUCACGGAGUACAGGAAGGAGAGAGGCAAAAUGCUGCUGUCUCGCAGGAACCAGCUCCUGCUGGAGUUCAGUUUCUGGAACGAGCCGGUGCCCCGGGAGGGGCCCAAUAUCUAUGAGCUCAGGUCAUACCAACUCAGGCCAGGAACCAUGAUCGAGUGGGGUAAUUACUGGGCCAGGGCCAUCGGCAUCCGCCAGCAGAACAGAGAAGCCGUGGGAGGGUUUUUCUCACAGAUUGGAAACCUCUACAUGGUCCAUCACCUCUGGGCCUAUAAAGACCUUCAGUCCAGAGAAGACACGAGGAAUGGCGCCUGGCAGGAGGAGGGCUGGCAUGAGGUUGUUUAUUACACAGUUCCUCUCAUCCAGCACAUGGACUCCAGGAUCAUGAUCCCAACUAAAGCCUCCCCACUGCAGUGAGAGGACCAACCACUCGGGGCGCCAUUUCGAAUGUUACAGAGCGUCGCUGCUCUGUACUGGUCUUUGCAUUAACAUAUAGGGAUCAGAGAAACACUCCUGGGACGGUACACAAGUAUAUCGCCUGCAAAAGAUACUCUUUCUCAUUGUUUCAGUUGUGAAACUGAACGAUUUAUUGGGGACAACUUACCUCUCCUGAUAGCCAUCCAGUGUAAAGUCCAGGGCCAUUUAAACAUGACGCAUCAGUUACAGGAAGCAGUUGCAUGUUGUUCAAUCCAAAUGAUAUUUAUUACGUGAGUUUGGAAUUGUUACAAUUGUUUUGGAAGCUGUACUUGUUACAAGAUCAAUAUGGCAGCUCAGAACUGAGUCACUCCCCAUUUUUUCUUUUGUGUGUGUGUGUGUGCGUGCUGUCGUCCAGCGUCGGUACAGAUGUUCCUGGUUGUUUCAUUUUGACCGUUCUUUUGUGACAAGACUGUGGUUUACCACACUGAAGCUGCUGUGGAAUAAACCUGAUCGUGUCGUGAAAGGAAACAUGUUCACAGCUCAAUAAAAAAAAGCGACACUCUAGACCGUU